UAUGUAAUCCUGGUAAACUUGUGCUUUAUCUGGAGAGUUAAUAGAAACUCCAGUAAUAUCUAAAGUGAGCGGACAUAUUUAUGAAAAGAGAUUAAUAGAAAAACACAUAGAAAGCACAGGCACAUGUCCAAUAACAGGAAGACCAUUAAAUAUUGAAGAUUUGAUUGAAGUAUAAUAAUAAUAAAUGACUAUUAUAGGUGAAAGUGUCAAGAGUUUAGAAACCAAGACCAGUAACAGCAACAUCAAUACCAUCCUUAUUGUCAUUAUUAUAAAAUGAAUGGGAUGCAUUAUUAUUGGAAUAAUUUUAAUUAAAAUAGCAUUUAGAAUAAGUUAGACAUGAAUUGACACAUGCAUUAUAUUAACAUGAUGCAGCUUGUCGUGUGAUUGCUAAAUUAAUUAAAGAAAGAGAUUAAGCUAGAAUAGAAUUGGCAUAAUUAUAGCACAAAUUAAAUCAUAAAAUCGAAGUAGAAGCAAAUAAUGCUCCUGAAAAGUUAUCAUCAAAUUAUAUUGCUGAAAUAGAAGAAAAUGCACUUAAAUUAACAAAUUAAAGAAAGGUCUAAAGAAAAUAGCAAUCAUAUUUUGACUAAUUCCCAGGUCCUGAAGUAAAAGAUCCUAAUUAUCUAGAUUCUCUCAAAUUAUGAUGUAAAACAAUAGUACUAAUAAACUUAAGGAGGAACAUCCUUGGAUACAUAAGGCAAUUAUGUAUUAGUAGGUGGAUAGGCAGGAUAGAUUUUAUUGUAUUCUCAUGAAAAUUUAGUUUAUUAAACUUAAGAACACACAUAGAAUAUUACUUCAGUGAAUUUCUUUACUUUUGAUGAGCAUCUUAGAUUUAUUUCAUCUUCAUAAGAUGGAAACCUCAAUAUUUAUUAAUUUAACUCUCAAACAUAAUAAGGUUAAGUUACUUAGACAAUUAAUAUUGGUUAAAGUAUUACAGGAGUGGCAAUCCAUCCAUUAGGAUAUAUUGCUAUUAUAGUAACAAAUAAUGGAUUAUUGGCAUAUUAUAAUUUAAAAAAUGGAUAACAAUUGAGUAGAGUAACUGAUUUUGAAGGAUAAUGUCAAUUUACAUCUGUAUCUCUUCAUCCUGAUGGUUUGUUAUUGGCUAUUGGGUAGACAGAUUCCUAAAUUAAGGUUUGGAAUAUAGUAAAAAAUCAGUUGUUAGCUUAAUUUGAAGGAUAAGAUGUAAUAUAUUAAGUAUAAUAAUAUAGGGAGCAGUCACAAGUUUAUCAUUUUCUGAAAGUGGAGCUAAUUUAGCUUCAAGUAGCAAUAGUGAAGUAAAUGAAUGGGAUUUAAGACGUCCUGGUUAAUUCUAAAAGAUUUAUCAAGGCUAAAAGAUAGGUAGGUUAUGAGAUUAAAUUUUAGGUGCAAUAUAAUAUGAUCCAUCUGGAUAAUUUUUAGCUAUUGGCAGUAACAAAACUAUUCAUUUUUUUGAUGUUAAGAAAAAAUAAGAAUUCUAUAAAAUUGAAAGUCAUAGAGAUCUUGUCACUAGUAUUAGGUAAAUAAUUUUAUUUAAUUUAGAUUUGGACAAUUAAGCAAAUAUAUAUAUAGUUGCAGUGUUGAUAAAUUAGUAAAUAUCUAUGGUAACUGAG